AAAAGUUCAAUAGAGUUCAAUAAUAUUUUCUAUAGACUUAAAUAAAUCGAACAGCUGAUCACAAACAAAACCAUAACCAAAUUCGUGACAGCUGGAUUUUUUGGAAACAUCCACUAUGGAAUAUGUUGAAACGGAGCAAGGAGCUGGUGAAAAUGCUCCAUGUACAGUAAAUAAUGAUACAGAAGUGGAAAAUAAAGAUGUAGUUAAAAGUGAUACAUUAAAAUCGAAAGAAGAUUCACAGAACACACCAACAACAUCAGAAGAAGUGACCAGUGCCGGAGGUGUUGAUUGUAAGGUUGAUGUAACAGAGAAUGAUGUUACAAGUACUGUAUCAACCGAUGACAAAUUAGUUAGUAAUGUUGCUGCCACUGAAAAUGAAGAGACAAAAGUUAAAGAAACUGUUACAUUUAAAGUUGUAUGUAAUAAAACGAAGCAUGAUGUAACAAGUGAAUUAGAUAAUACAGUAGAACAACUUAAAACACAAUUAGAAACUAUAAUUGGUAUACCUAAAGCACUUCAAAAAGUGAUGUUUAAGGGCUUAGCUCGAGAUGAACAAACUUUAAGAGCAAUUGGUAUUACACAAGGUGCUAAAGUUAUGAUUGUUGGUUCGAAAUUACAUGAUGUGUUAGCCGUUUCCGGUGUUUCAAAAGAGUCUGCAGCUCAAGAGGAGAAAGCAGCAGCUUCCACUAAAGAGCCACUAUGUAGACAAAAAAUACAUCGAAAAGUUUUAGAUAAAGGAGUUCCAGAUGAUGCCAUGCCUGGAUUAUUAGAGAGUAAAGAACCGUUACCGACAAGGCCGUUAUCUGGUAUGUUAAAUAAACAUGGUGGAAAAGUUAGGCUAACAUUUAAACUAGAACAGGAUCAAGUAUGGUUAGGAACUAGAGAACGUACUGAAAAAUUAGGAAUGAGUUCUAUAAAAAGUGUGAUAUCUGAACCAAUUGAAGGGUUCGAACAUUACCAUAUUGUGGGUCUUCAAUUAGGUCCAACAGAAGCAUCUAGAUAUUGGAUAUAUUGGGUUCCAGCACAAUAUGUAGAUGCGAUCAAAGAUGCAAUUUUAGGAAAAUGGCAGUAUUUUUGAAAUGUUUUUCUGUAAAGAAACAAAGAAGCAACAAAAUAAUCUUCCUUUUAUUAUUUGUCAAUACAAAAAGAAAUCGACAGAACUAUAUUUGUUGUAUUUACUCAAAUUUUUUGUUAAAUGUUUAGGUUUUCAUUUGA